AGUUGGCCACACUUCACCGUGAACAGCCUCAGGUCCGCAUGCCGUCAUGCCUACCUACCAAAUUCUGUUCUUUCCCCUCCCCCUCAUGCUCGCGACCAGUUGAUCUAUCAAUCUCUCCCGUCCCCUUCCCGGUUUCACAGCGGACGUGUCUCCAGCGACUACCGCAAUCGGGCAGUUUCGGGCAGUCUUCCCCGCAGGGUCCUUGAGUCCUGGACUGGAAUUCCGAGGUGGCGUUGCCUAAAUAUUCCGAUCGUGCAAAAGAACCAUAUCUAUAUCUCGAUCGUCUCACUGAAGAGCUACUCACCCCGCCAUGAAUUGCCCCUCGCGUACCGAUGACACACUCGAGCACCCGGGCUGGAACCAGAAUCCGUCCGCGCUGAGCGGCGACAUCACUACUCGAAACGAUUUCAACGGCAUUGCCAAUUCGAAGGUGCAUCGGAGGCAUGCGUCAGGAGUGGGAGGAGCGCCAGGUGAAGGAAUCAUGGCCAUGAAUCAUCGACCCAAUAGUCUAGAUGGCAACGAGCCCGAGAUGGAAAAGAAAACCCCGGGCGAAGUGGUCGCUGCCACUCCCCGCGAUGAAUCGCCCGGGAGGAGCAGCGGCUCACCUCGCCGUCCUUUCAAUACACUAAAUCUGUCUUUCUUUCUCCGCCUUGCUCAAACUAUCAAGAAGUUUGGUCGCUUCGUGGGCCCCGGAUUCCUGAUCGCGGUAGCUUACAUUGACCCGGGAAACUACUCCACCGAUGUCUCCGCAGGCGCGGAAUUUCGCUAUGCUUUACUCUUCAUCGUGCUAAUCUCGAACCUUUUUGCCAUCUUCCUCCAGUCACUGUGUAUCAAACUCGGCACAGUGACGGGGCUUAAUCUGGCGGAGAACUGCAGGGAACAUCUGCCCAGAUGGCUGACCCUCAUCCUGUAUGCCUUUGCGGAGGCUGCUAUCGUGGCAACCGACAUUGCGGAGGUUAUCGGGUCUGCGAUCUCGCUCAACCUCCUCCUGAAAAUCCCCCUCGUGGCCGGAUGCGCGAUCACGUUGGCCGAUGUUCUUUUCAUUCUGAUAUUCUAUAGGCCAAAUGGCUCCAUGUGGGGACUGCGCUUAUUUGAAUUCUUCGUCAUGCUUCUAGUCCUGGGAGUUGUGGUCUGUUUCUGCAUUCAGCUCGCUCUUAUCAAAGAACAGUCGGUUGGGGCUGUUUUCCGGGGCUACCUGCCUUCGUCCGCCAUAGUUCAAUCCCAAGGUUUGUACCAAAGCUGUGGAAUCCUCGGUGCCACCGUGAUGCCUCACUCCAUGUUCCUCGGGAGCGGGGUAGUUCAAUCACGCCUGAAGGAAUUUGACGUUACUCAAGGCUACGUGGAUCCGUCUGUCUGUCUUGGGAGCACUGGUGGAGAGGUUGAAUACAGGCCUUCCAUCCAUGCAAUCCGGGGAUGUCUAAAGUAUUCUAUCAUCGAGCUUACUUUGUCCCUCUUCACAUUCGCCCUCUUCGUCAACAGCGCCAUUCUCAUUGUCGCUGGUGCCUCCUUGUACGGAACGUCGGGGGCUGAUAGUGCAGAUCUCUGGGGAAUCUACAAUCUUCUUUGUAGCUCUAUCGCUCCUGCUGCAGGUCUUAUCUUCGCACUGGCCCUUCUCCUUUCGGGUAUCUCUGCGGGCAUCGUCUGUACUAUGGCAGGCCAAAUGGUGAGCGAAGGAAUGCUGAACUGGAGCAUGAGACCCUGGCUGCGCCGACUCAUUACGCGAUCAAUCAGCAUCAUCCCUAGCAUCAUCAUUGCAGGAGCUGUCGGUAAGGAGGGUUUGGACAAGACUCUAAAUGCCAGCCAAGUGGUGUUGAGUGUUAUCCUGCCAUUUGUCUCCGCCCCUCUGGUCUACUUUACCUGUCGCAACCGUUACAUGACCGUCCCGACCGAUAGGAACUUCAGUGGUGAGGACUCCUCGCCAGAAGAGGUCAAGAUGCGAAACAACUGGUUUGUUACUGGUAUCGCUAUCGUUGUGUGGGUGAUCAUUGCCGUCAUGAACGUUGCUUUGCUUGUCCUUGUUGGACUAGGCAAGGCCUGAACACGUGGAUAAAGAGACAUCAUCCCGAAACUGCUGGAAUGUGCAAUCUCCUUGAUUUCUCGGUGUGGACGACGAAACAGUACAGUCUAGAGACGCAGGUACAAAGAAAUGCGCAGGGACAAAGAAACGAAGGGGUAAAGAGCUGGCAAAACAAGGCAAGAAAAGUAUGUAGACUGAACACGACUUAAUCGACUAGUUAAGAGGAAAUAGCAAGAAAAAACCAACUCCGAUGCCACCAUGAUCAGAACUCCUAAACCAUAGUCUCGUAGGGA